GCACUGUUACCGCCGAUUAUAUUCGAGGCCAGUUUCUCGCUCAACACGGAUAUGUUCAUGAGCAAUCUCACAUCAAUAUUAGUCUUCGCGUUCAUCGGCACAACCAUAUCGGCCUAUGUUACGUCCAUAGGGUUGUGGACGUUCUCUACUACCUGGCUUGUCGGCCUUAAGAAUACAGAUGCCCUGCGGGGUUACUGUAUGACAUUUGGGGCUCUCAUCUCCAGUACCGAUCCAGUAGCAGUGAUGGCGCUCAUGAGGGGGUCCAAAUACCGACCCAAUAAGACAUUGCAUUCUCUGGUCUUCGGUGAGAGCGUCUUGAACGAUGCAGUGGCAAUCGUCCUGUUUGCUUCCUAUCAACGUGAGUGCUCUUCAUACCCCUCAUGCUGGGAUUUCCUCUACUCCAGAC